UAAGUGUAGAGCUGAUCUCGGAACAGUAGAAGUGCAGAGCGUUUCUUUUUCACCUUGACAGCAGCUAUGGCGACGGCGACACCGUUUAUUCAGAGAUUAAGGAACUUUUUGGCGGGGCGGAAUCUGCAGGCAAAGCUUCAACUGCGUUACGAAGAGGUUGCAAAAAGGACUCAACCUCCUCCUAAACUUGCUGUUGGGCCGAGCCAUAAGUUUGCCAACAACUACUACCUUACCAGAGAUGGAAGACGGGAAUCUACUCCUCCGACUGUUAUAAUGUCUUCUCAGAAGGCCCUGGCAGCUGGCAGCGAUACUCCAGCAAACCCCAAGCGUCCGGUUCUGCCUGGCCCCGAGCCGAAAGAGCUCCCGUUGUCCACUGAUCAGCCGUACCUCUGAACCGUCUCCCACAGUGUGAUCCUCAAACCCUGCUCAUAAACCUAGCUUUCCUUGAACAAGUUGCAUGCAUAUUUGAAAUUAUAUACAUAACUAAACCGUGUAUAUACAUCCAAAAACAAGUUAUUAUUUUUUUGUCGA